AGGGGGAGGAGACUAGAAGGUCGCGUGCAGCAUUAUAUUAAUGUCGAUGGCAGCGACUCGCCCGCGUGCUCUUGUUACUAGGAGGCGCUGUUAGAUCCCGGAAGAGUUGGAAAUGAUCUGACGUGAUGGUCAGACCGAGAAUGAGAGCGGAGAAACGUGAGAUCCGCUGAUCAAGUCGCCACUCUGAGCAAAUCGGUGACGUUAAUCUGCGUCCAACGGGAGGACGGAAACACGAUAUCCCCCCACAAUCUGCAGCCGGGUAACGGCAAGGCUACAUGGUGUGUGUUUCCGGAGUUUGGGUGUUCACGGAUGGAGAGCUACGAGGCGUUCUGUCUGCGGAGUUUGCUCGUGCUGCAGGAGGAGAAGAAACCCAAGAGGAAGACAUGUGAGCCACUGUGUUUCCUGAAAGAUGCCUCUGUUAUCCACUUCUGUGGGAGAGCUGUGCUUUCACCUCUGGUAAGGAAGCAAUGAACAAGCAUGAGCGCUAACACAAAGAGGAGCUCGACCAGAUUCCUCUUUAGACCAAAGUGAUAUCCAGACUAAUCAUUUCUGCUACAGUUCCGGGUCUUUCUCUCUUGCUUUGGCUGCUGUACGUCUCAGUUGAGUGCAGAGCAGCGCGUUGAGAUGUGUGGCCACAGACAGAGGGCGAUCCAGCUGGAGCUGCAACUGCAGAAGCAGCAGAGAAACAAGCUUUUGGCCCGAGUUCAAACUAUUCUGGAUCAAGCUCAGGCAUGUGAAGCACCAAGUAAAGAAGAUCUCAACUCUGCCACCGUCAGUGGCUACACGCUGGUCACUGACUCACCUGGACUUCCCCAAGACCCUGGAUUCAGGCCACAAGGGGACAAGCAGCCUGUCAUUCCCAAUGCUGAGACUCUCGUCUUUGAUGGCUACAAGGAAGACUUAAAGACAGAGAAGCAGGAGAGGAGUGAGGAAGAGGAGGAAGAUGAAGACAUAAGCUUGGACAGCCUUCUUAAAAGAUCAAGGGAAUAUGUGAAGCGAGAGCAGAGUCAACAGGGAUUGAAAGCCAGCCAGACUCCCCCUCCACAGCAGCAGAGUUGUAGCUCCAUCAGGGACACGAGUAUUGAGUUUGGGUUCAGUCUGCACCACAGUCCAGUCAGACCACCUCUGAUCCAGCACCAACCUCUGUUUGACCACAGUCCUCAGAAACCUGGGGACUUGCUGCCUAGUAAAACGGAGCGAUAUGCUCGUCUCCCAAGUCCAGAGUCCUGCAUCAGUUCUGGUCCUCGUAGACACAAACCACGCCCAGUUUCUACAGGAAACAUCCACAUUUCAUUCCCCGUGGACCCAGCAGAUUUUAUCCCUCGAAGUCCAGGAAGGCCAGGGGAGGGUGCUGGUGUGGCAGAUUGUGGGGGAGCGGUCUUAAUGUCCAGCACUCAGUGGAGCUCAGACAGUGGGGACAGCAGUUGUGGGACUGGAAACUGUCGAUCCAGUCACUGCAGCAUCAGCCCAGUCCAGGAAACUAAAAGCCCAGUUAGCGCCCCUGUGCCCAGCUCCAUGACACACCUGGCUUUGGGAUUUCGCAGGCGGUGCCACACACUUGACAGCCAGCUGAGUGCCUACCAGUCUGGAGCGGAUUACGUUGACCGCAGCCAGGAAAGGGUUCCUCGCUUCAUGGCAGGAGUUACAUGGCUGGGCCCAGGCAGGCGCGCUGCUGCAGCUCCUUUAAACCAGUCCUAUGAGGUAGAAAACCCUUCUCCUUCUCUGCUGAGGCCCCACAUAGCUCCGGAUGAUCCUCAUCGGCUAAACAGUGGUGUGAAAACACCAACUGUUCAGAGAAAAACAGAUGAAACACAAUGCAGCAAGACAGAAACAGAGGAGGUUCAAUGGUUGCCACAAGUUCUGGAAGACAUGCAAAGGCGUCUAGAAGAAGAACAUGCCUUGCAAAUGUCGCUGCUUCUGGCUGAGCAGGAGAUGGAACAACAGCGCCUUCGUCUGGAGCUUGAGGAGACAGAGAGGAGGCUGAAGGAGCCUGUCGGUGGGGACUCUCGUGGUCGGGGCUGCAGGUCGGGGAGCUGUCCUGUUAUGAGCCCCUCCUGUCCAGGACUGAGUCCCAUCCACACGCCGGCCGACCGAUCAGCUGGACACGUGUUAGUUUUUCCCAGUCCUGCUCCGUCCAGUGUGACAUCUCCCUCAGUUCAGCCUGCUGUUUUUCUGUGGAGCUCCUCUCGAGCAGCUAACAAACAACAAGCCAGGCUAAGUCUGGUGUUGACCGCGGCGCAUCAGAAAGCCUUUAGUCGCAUCUGUGCCAUCGUUCGAGGUUUCCUCGUACGCCGACUGCUCAAAACAGAGAAGGUCAAACAUUUGUGCCAAACCAUCCUGGAUACGCAAGAAUUAAUCCACGUAUUUGAGACUGAAGCUGCACAAAAGAGAGGAACAUACUCGGCACAAGAUCUGUCUCUGCAGGAGAGAGUCAGAGCUCAGUUACGUGCAGCUCUCUACGACGUGCACGACAUCUUCUUUGAAAUGACUUCAACAGAUCGAUUAGCAGUUCUGCAGCAGGACAGAGAGCUGCGUGUACAGAGGAAGCUCCGAGACCUGGAGAAAACCAAGUGUCCCAAGGAGAGAGUCUCUCUCUCUGCUGCCACUCAGCGGUCUCUGGACAGGAAGAAGAGAGCUGGUGAGUCCCCCGGUCAGGUCAGGAAGGUGCAGCAGAAGCCAAAAAGCCCCACAACCACCAGAGUUUUGAAGCCUAGUCAAAACCAGAACUCCUCUACUCCAGGCCAGUUGCACCGCCAGGGGAGCUGGUACAGAAAGACUCCUGAAGAGAGAGUGAGGCGCUCGGACAGCCUGAAGAAGCAGCACUCUCUGGGUUAACACACCACACAGCACCGCUCGACCUCUUAACUUGAAUUUACAUUCUUUUAUUCUGAAUGUUGCACCACUGGACCUGUUUUACAGCGCUGCUAACACCAUUACUUAAAGUCUUAUCUCUGAUGAUAUUAAUCGCCUCCAUGUUUUCAUUAACACCAGUGUAGUUGUGUUUACUGCUGCCUCCUGCUGAAACGUUGGUGUGUGUGUGUUGAGUAUCCAGUAACGAGGCCGUAGAAACAGCUGGACUACACCUUAGCAUGCUUGUAUUGUUUAUCUGAUGUUAUCAGACAUAUGAAAUGCUCAUCGUUGUAACUGAAUUUUAAGACUGAAUGUCAAACUGCAGGUUUUGAAAUAGUAUUUAGUCGUGUAUAAUUUAUGACGAUUUUGUUAAAGGGCUUUGACUCGUUUUCUGUGCUUUGGGGAGCUAAUGGUGCUGAGUACUUUAUCACCAUUUUAGCCAGUUUGAUAUAUUUCUGCAGUUAAAUUAGUGUAGUUUGUCAUCAGUUGCAUUUAUUGUGUGACUUUUUUAUGUCAUUUCUGUUUUUCUUGUUCUGAUUUUAUUUCCUGAAUAAAUCAGAAUCUGCUCAUUUUA